AUCCCGGGCGGGCGGCGCCGCCGGGGCUGCCGAUGGGGCUGCUCAGGAUCAUGCUGCCGCCCAAGUUGCAGCUGCUGGCCGUGCUGGUGUUCGGGGUGGCCGUGCUCUUUCUGGAGAACCAGAUCCAGAAGCUGGAGGAGUCCCGCGGCAAGCUGGAAAGGGCUAUUGCAAGACAUGAAGUCAGAGAGAUAGAACAACGUCAUACAGCAGAUGGCCCCCGACAGGAUGUGACACUGGAUGAAGAAGAUGAUGUGGUGAUUAUUUACAAUAGAGUACCUAAGACUGCCAGCACAUCCUUCACAAAUAUUGCCUAUGAUCUUUGUGCAAAGAACAGAUACCAUGUUCUACAUAUCAAUACAACCAAAAAUAACCCUGUCAUGUCUCUGCAAGAUCAGGUUCGAUUUGUGAAGAACGUGACUUCCUGGAAGGAAAUGAAACCAGGAUUUUACCAUGGACAUGUAUCUUAUUUGGACUUUGCAAAAUUUGGUGUUAAAAAGAAACCAAUUUACAUAAACGUCAUAAGAGAUCCCAUAGAACGACUGGUUUCUUACUAUUACUUUCUGCGCUUUGGAGACGAUUACAGACCAGGGCUACGAAGGAGAAAGCAGGGGGAUAAGAAGACCUUUGAUGAAUGUGUGGCAGCUGGAGGUUCAGACUGUGCUCCAGAGAAACUUUGGCUUCAAAUUCCAUUCUUCUGUGGCCACAGCUCCGAGUGCUGGAAUGUGGGGAGCAGAUGGGCUUUGGAACAAGCCAAGUACAACCUGAUUAAUGAAUACUUCCUCGUGGGAGUUACUGAAGAGCUUGAAGAUUUCAUCAUGUUAUUGGAGGCAGCUUUGCCCCGGUUCUUCAGGGGUGCCACAGAACUGUACCGGACAGGAAAGAAGUCUCAUCUUAGGAAAACAACUGAGAAAAAACUUCCCACAAAAGAAACUAUUGCCAAGCUACAACAGUCUGAAAUCUGGAAAAUGGAGAAUGAGUUCUAUGAAUUUGCACUGGAGCAAUUUCAGUUUGUCAGAGCACACGCAGUUCGGGAAAAAGAUGGAGAAUUGUAUAUCCUGGCUCAAAACUUUUUCUAUGAAAAGAUUUACCCUAAAUCAAACUAAGAACAUAAUACUUUUAGAUUUACGGACCUAAAUCUUUGGUCACAUCAUCAUCUUAGUCCUCAGCCAUGGAAACUAGAUUGCUUGUUAGACCUCCAAGAUGUUUCUCUAUAGGUCCAAGAAAAGCGGGCUGUGGAUCACCUCCAGGGCGUUGGAUACUAACCAUGUUGGUAAUCCAGAAGCAAAAGCUUCGUGUCUUUUAUCUAACUAAUACUUUCAGUGGGAGUUAAUACCCUUUACCUGAGGAAAUCUUCACUUUAAUUUGGAGCAAUUAACACACAGCAGUUCUAGUUGAAAAUAUAAAGGAAAAAAAAAAGCUUCUGUUAAUGCUCUUUUUUAAUUUUCAGAGCAAUUUAUUUUCAUUUAUACUUCUGUGAAGAGGAAGUCAUUUUUCCCAGCUUUCAACAUGGAAAUCUUGGUUGUAUACUAUAUGAGUAGUGUUAAUAACUGGUUGACAUCUGUGCUUUGUUUUUGUGAAUCAUGUCACAUGAUAUUGAUUGGGAUAGUUAAUCAUGUUCUGCUGAGAAAUGCUGCUGCCGCUGGAAUUGCCCGAAAUUACGACUAAUUGUUAGUGUUAAAACAUCAUUUCCACAUCAAUAUUGUAAAAAGUUAAAGAAUCAGCAGUGGGAUUUUUUUUGUUGUUCUGUAGGCCCACCACCACUUGACCGAGGUUGGGAAAACUGCAAGGAAAGUUGGUUUUGUCUGCAGUUAGAGUCAAUACUUGCACAGUGGUAUAUAAAUAACAAAAUCAGCAUAAAGUUCCUCUAUGGAUUCUUUGUAAUUAUUGUAAGCUGAGGUAUUGGUGAAUCCAUAUUAUGACUCCAUUAGUGAGCUGUGGUAUGGUUAGGGUUUUCCUACUACUUCAAUACUUUUACCUGUAGAAUAUUUUUACUAAGGUGCUUUAUAAUGUGUUUUAAAGCAUUGCAUUUACAAAAGGAGUAAAAUGCUGUAAAUACUGCUUAUUUUAUGUAUUUGGACCAAAAGGUUUAAAGUAACUAGUUUGAAGUGGGUUUUUUUGCACCAGUUCUGUUACGUGUAAAGUAAAAAGACAUCACAUAUACUUCCUGGUUGAGUUAACUGUUGGAUAUUGCUGGAAUGCACUUCAGUGACCUCUAUGACUUUAAAACUAGAAUGUCAUCCAGGGAUUCUCUUUACAGAAACGUAGCAUUCAUCCUUUUGUUAUAUUAAGAGGAAAAGAAGAAAAAUGUGAUGUGUAGUCUGGUUGAGAAAGAUGCAGUGAACUUGACAUAUUUGUGUUUAUGUAACUGCCUUAUGUGACUAUUGUAAAUCUGUGAGUUGCCGUUAUUAACAGUGUGAAACACCUGGUAGAUCAAGUAAAUUGAAAUUUGAGAACAGAUGUUUGGGGCCACUGCAUUAUAGCAAACGGCAGUGGAGAUCUAUAAGAAUUUGUUUCCUAUUGGAUUUUCUUAAAUAUGAGUAUUUACACAUCUUACACCUGCCUUUUCUUAAAGUGCUUUUCAUUGAGUUUGAUAGGAGAGAAGGCACAGAGGAGACAAAGUUGAGUAAAAAAAAAAGGGGGGAUUGUAAGGUUUUGAUUCCUAAGGGAUGAUGCUGAAAGGCUUAGUUUGAAAUUACCAAGUGGAGUUUCUUUAGCCAGCCUGUUCUUGUAAUGAAAACAAAAGUAAUGGAAAAUGUCUGUGAACUGGGUAUCUGCAGCCAAAAGCAACAGUCCAAUAACAGACAGGAUAAUGAGGGACUGUCAAGUACAUCUUGUGUUUUCUUUGUUUUCUUGGGUUUUCUUUUUGAAUUUCAGAAAUAGACCUCAUUGUUCUUCCCAAGUAAUCAGGGAAGUUCCUUCUGGUAGCUUACCAUUUAUAUAGUGUGAACCCUGCAUAAGAUUUCCUGUUCCAGUUCUUUUCAACUGAUGUCGUUAAUAAUGCCAACAUGCUUGAGAAUGUGUUCACACAUGGAAACAUGUAUCCUAGCUAAAGAAAGGAGCUGAGGAGUCCUACGUAGGAAGUAGCAAAUGGAGAUCUAAAAACUUUCAAAAAAAGUUACUGCUUUAUUAUAAAAUCAAAGGAAUAUUUACAAUCCCAGUGAAGGUUAUCUACUAAGUGAUAGUUCUAUUUUGGAUGAAUUGACUACCUUGUUUUCCUUCAUUAUGAUUUGGAUUGGUUUAUCUUCUUGAGUUGUCUGCAAAUUUUUUCAGAAGAGCACCUUCUUAAGAGAACAGAAGCUUUACUAAGUGAAAAUAUACAACACUCGCCUAAGUAAUGAAAAAGGUAUUUAUGCAAAUACAUCUGUAUUGACAAGAAAACAAUAGGCAAAGCCUAUUCGAUAUAUAGAAGUCUUCUAUUUCAUAAGCAAUUUUAAAAGUUUUUUUUCUUUUUUCUUUCUUUUUUUUCCCCCUUGGAUUUAAGGUUUCUUAAAGGAGUCUUCAGUAACAGUUAGAAGAAUACAUUUUAUUUUUUAAUUCAAAGAGCAAUAUAUUUUUCAUAGUUCAUAUAAGACAUUUGAUUUACUUCCUGUUCUUUGCUGUGAACUGACAGGGUGAAGGCAAACGAGCUUAAAUAUUUUAAAAUAAUGCUAGCUACAAAUGGAGAGGUAAUCAUUUUAGGUGUGCUCUGAAAACCUUACUGCCUGUGGAACACGGAAAGGAGGCAAAUGGUCUGCUUUUAUAUCUUGUGCUGCCAUCUAAUCAACUGUGAACUUUUUUGGACUCUUUUGAAAUGAGAACUGUCCAAAGCAGAAAGUUUAGGAAAAUGAGCUUUAACAAUUAUGAAUAACCUGCUGUCUGUUGGUAUUAAAAAUAUUUUGCAGCAUAUGAACAGAAUUUAUCUUGUGCAUUUCCCCUUAAAGAGUUAACAUGAAAAGCAGCAAUAUGUAGACUUCUGUUACUGCAGGUUCAUUAGACUUACUAUGCAGCCUCCUGAACACAGAUCUUUUAACUGAAGUCACUGCAGACUCUGCAUAGGAGUGAGAUUUGAUUUUUGCUGGGCUAAGUUCAUUUGAAAGGAGCUGAAAUGCUAAAAAUUAUAGUUGAGAGUAGAUCCUGUUACACUGUUCCGUACUUUUUGUACAAAGCAAACAUUCAGAUUUUGUGCAAAAUUCUACCCUGUUGAAACUCACGGUUGUCAGUAUAUGGCACUUGGUUCAGCUGUGCUAACAACUACAUAGCCAUAACUCCAGCAUGCCUGGAGCACUUGAGAUAUACUGGGCAGUGCUGACAGGAGAGCAACAGUGUUCUUUACUCCUUCCCAUAACAAUUCUGCAUCCACGCAACAAGAAUUUCAUUCCUGUUUUCUUGUGCAUCUACAAGCAGACAUCUACAAGCAGUUCUAGGGUGUAGGAUGUCAUGUGUGUACAUUCCAGUUCACUCUGGAUUUAUUUUCGUAUAGUCUUUAAUGGUGUGAUCAUAGCUUCAUUUUCAAACAGGCACAAAAAAGGAUUGCUAUACAAGUAUGACAAAGGAAGAAGCAGUUCCUCCAGGUUUGAAAUGCCUUUUCUCUGGGUACUUUACUUUUCUGAAGAUACGUGGCUAUUUUUGUGUUCCAGGAAUAUUCGUUUCCUUGUUCAUGAUCUCAGAGCUGUCCUAUUUUAAUAUCAGGGAAAAUUCAGUUGUUUUCUGCUAUAAUUCUGUUAACAUUUUCCGUUAAGAUUACCUAGUGUUGCUAAAUGAGUAUGUGACAAGAGUUAUAUAGAUGAUCCUGACUGAACUGUGCUGCUUUGCAGUCAGUGGAAAAACCUGAUUCAAAUGCACUGCCAAUUUAGCUCUUCAAAAUCAGAGCUUAUUUUAUGACUACUGGAGAUAAAGAAACUGUGGCGCUACUGAGUUGCAUGGAUGCAUCCUUUACUUUAAGCCUAUGCAACUGGGUAGCCUCUGCAGCAGUAUUUAUAGGAAGAGCCCUCUUCAUGGAGACUUUUCUGGAGCAUAAUUAUAAAUGUUUAUACCCUUGUACUGUCUUGUAUCUACAUCAGCAGCUUUCUGUAGCUUCUGUAAAAAAAGAAAAAAGAAAAAAGAAAAAAAAAAGGCAGGUUUGUGAGCAUUUCUAAAGUAGUACUGAAUGUAAUUUUGAAAAACAUGGAUUGUUCUUCAUGAAUCUUUUCUUUUUAAAUACACACACAGCUAAAUAGUGCCUUUUUUCCUCACAAUCCAUGUUGAAGAUGCUCGCUCCCUCUCACUCUCCGUAAAUUGAUUCGUUUGUGCAAUACUAUUCCAACUUGAAACCAUUUUGUCACAGCUGUUUGAGAAAUAAUCUCCAUUUUUCCUUAUUAUGCUGCCAGCUUUCUGUUGUUGAAGUGUUUCAGUUGAUUACCUAAUGCAAAUGCUCUAAAAUAAAACGCCCAGUGGGAAGGGGAAAAAAAAGAAGUCUGGUGUCCUGUCUUAAUAUUUGUGUGUUACAUUCACGCGAAAUGAUCUUUUUCUGGAACAUUGUCACGCAGGAUCCUGAACUUCAUUUGAAGCUAUUGUGGUGGUGAAGGGGAGGAGUGAGCUGCAGUGUAGUUCAUCUGUAAUCACUUCAUAUGGCUAUAACCAAAUACAUUUACAAAUAAGCCUUUAGAAUUUUCACUGGGCUUUCUGGCCAGAAGUAUAAUAACUUUCCAGAGGAUAUAUAUUGUGCAGGAAGUGUCAAUGAAAAGUUGUUUAAUACUAAAAUGGAACAGAAAAUUGGCAUUAAAACAAGGGAUUGGUGCAUACCUGCUUCUCUGCCUCCGAGAACAAACGACGUGACAGAUGACUGUGGGACUGGAAGAUGCUCCGUUACUGCGGUGAUGAGUGCGGUGUAAGAACUCGAGCAGAAUAGAAAUGUGGUUUGCAUUUGUAGGCAAGCACUUCAAACAAGAAAAUACAGUGAGCGUGGGUACAACACUGUUUAGGAUUUCUUCUGUGUACUGUAAACAUGACCCUAUAAACAUUCCUUACUGCAUGCACUAUGGAGCUGAACAAAUCUCUGUCCCAGCCAAGUUUCCUAAUGCGAUAGUUCCUAAAUAUUUGGUUGUCAGCUGUGAUGAUUACGAGCCGUGGUGCAGUUACUCAGCAUCUUCCUCUUGAGGAUUCUGCAAACUUUAAAAUCCUACUUUUGUUGCAAGUAGACUUUUCCUUGCUGCUCCUGUCACUGGAGGAGAUAAGUGUAAUUGCUGUGUAGGAAACAAAGACUCUGCUUCUGUCAGCCAGUGGGAAGUGAAGGAAGAAAUUGCCUCGCAUAUAUAAAGGAUGUUCCAAGGUCACCACGCCUUUUUCUGAAAUGAUGUAGUAAACAAAAUGACAGCCAACAAAAUUCACAGUGCAAACAAUCUUUUAUUUAAGAUGACAGUAGUUGCUCCUGUGAAAGCUGAAAUGAUGGUGGUGUUACAGAUAGGAGUUAAGUACUCACUGAACCUCUUUUUUUUUUUUUUCUUAACUGAUGCUGCCAUUUGCACGGGUAAUUAAUCUCAUCAGUUAGAGUUCAUGAGAGGCGAGUGAAAGAAGGGAAGAUUUCUGCUUGUUUUUCACAGCCAGAUUUUUUUGAAGGUCUUGUAUUUUUGUUUCAUUA